AUGUCGCUCCCCACGCGCGAAGUCCAGAUCAAGCAGGCCAGCGACACCGCCAAAAUCUUCGUCGACGCCUACUACGACGCCCUCAACCGCCGCAAGCCCUCCGCCAUCGCCGCCUUCUACACGACCGCCUCGACCUCCUACGCCUCGCACCCGCCCGAUAUCUCCAUCAACGGCCUGCCCCUCACCGACCCGGCCGCCUACGCCCGCCUCCUCGACGACCACUACCACGAGGCGCCCCUCCCCGGCAUGCCGGGCCCCAAGGCCGCCUCGUCGUCGGCCGCCUCGACGACGCCCCUCGUGCGCCUCGAGCUCGAGUCGUUCGACGCCCACGUCGUCAACGCCGACUACGUCGUCGCCGCGCCCCCCGGCAUCGCCGACACGCCCGACAAGACGGGCGCCAAGUGCAGCGUCCUCGUCCAGGUUACGGGCCGGCUCUACUACGGACGCGGCCGCGAGGCGCCCGCCAAGACCUUCAACGAGGUCUUUGUGCUCGUGCCCAACUGGGACACCUUUGGCCGGAACGCGCCCAAAGGCGCCCGCCGGUGGCUCAUUUCGAGCCAGAACUUUCGCUCUCUGUAG